AGGGCCGGCCGGGGCUCGCCGCUCGCCCGCUCGCCAUGGGCAAGGACCAGGAGCUGAUGGCGGCGGUGAAGGCGGAGGACGUGGGCGCGGUGCAGAAGCUGCUGCAGAGGCCCAAGGCCGGCAAGGCCAAGCUUCUGGGAUCAACCAAGAGGGUGAACGUGAAUUUCCAAGACACCGAUGGGUUCUCCGCCCUGCACCACGCAGCCCUCAAUGGCAACACGGAGCUCAUCUCUCUGCUGCUGGAGGCCCAGGCGGCCGUGGACAUCAAGGACAACAAAGGGAUGCGCCCUUUGCACUACGCGGCCUGGCAGGGCAAGAAGGAGCCCAUGAAGCUGCUGCUCAAGGCCGCCUCCUCUGUCAACAUCCAGUCCGACGAGGGGCAGAUCCCCCUCCACCUGGCCGCCCAGCACGGGCACUACGACGUGUCGGAGAUGCUACUCCAGCACCAGUCCAACCCUUGCAUCCUAGACAACUCCGGCAAGACCCCUCUCGACUUAGCGUGUGAGUUUGGCCGUGUCGGGGUGGUGCAGUUGCUGCUGAACAGCAACAUGUGUGCCGCGUUGCUGGAGGCCAAGCCGGGAGACAUCACCGACCCCAACGGGACCAGCCCUCUGCACCUGGCCGCCAAGAACGGGCACAUUGACGUCAUCAGGCUCCUGCUGCAAUCCGGCAUCGACAUCAACCGGCAAACCAAGGCAGGCACGGCACUCCACGAAGCAGCCCUGUGCGGCAAGACAGAUGUUGUUCGCCUCCUUCUGGACAGUGGGAUCAAUGCCCACGUCCGCAACACCUACAGCCAGACGGCCCUGGACAUCGUCAACCAGUUUACCGCGACGCAAGCCAGCAAGGAGAUUAAACAGAUGCUGCGAGAUGCAUCGGCAGCCCUCCAAGUCCGGGCCGUCAAAGAUUACUGCAACAACUACGACCUGACCAGCCUCAACGUCAAAGCUGGAGACAUCAUCACGGUUCUGGAGCAGCAUGCAGACGGCCGGUGGAAAGGAUGUAUCCAUGACAACCGGACCGGCAAUGACCGCGUCGGCUACUUCCCGUCCAGCCUGGUGGAAGCGAUCAGCAAGCGCACAGGUUCCCGAGGGUCUGAUGCCAGCCCAUCCCACCUAUCGCCAGGUGCAUCUGCCACCACGCCAGCCCCAGCUGAAGAGAUCUGGGUGCUCCGGAAACCCUACUCAGGCGGCGACCGCAGCAGCGUUGGCAGCACGGGGAGCGUGGCCAGUGCCCGGAGCUCGGGGAGCGGCCAAAGUACGGGGAGCGGCAGCCACGCUCUCCACCCGGGCUCGGAAGGGGUCAAGCUGCUGGCGACGGUCCUUUCCCAGAAGGCGUCUGUGCAAGACUCGGCCGUGGGCGACGGGCCUGCGAAGGCAUCGGAGACACCCGCAGGUUCUUCUCGGACGCCGAGCCUCAGCAGCCCUCUGUACCCCACCCAGCCCUAUGGCGAGCAGCCGGUUAAAAAGGUGGAGCCCAUGUCAGAGGGGAAGAGCUCGGAGGCCGUGUACCAGUGGCUCUACAAGUUCCAGCUGCAGCUCUACGCCUCCAACUUCAUCAACGCCGGGUACGACAUCCCCACCAUCAGUCGGAUGACGCCAGAGGACCUGACGGCCAUCGGGGUGACCAAACCUGGCCACAGAAAGAAGAUUGCCUCAGAGAUCAACAAUCUCAGCACACCAGAGUGGCUUCCGGAAUACAAACCAGCAAACUUGGCUCUCUGGCUCUCCAUGAUUAGCCUGGGGCAGUACUACAAGGUGCUCGUGGAGAACGGGUACGAGAACAUCGAUUUCAUCACCGACAUCACAUGGGAGGACUUGCAAGAGAUUGGCAUCACCAAGCUGGGCCACCAGAAGAAGCUGAUGUUAGCCGUGAAGAAGUUAGCUGAAAUCCAGAAAGCUGAAUACAUCAAGUACGAGUCUGGGACCCUGAAGAAGAAAGGGGCACCGCAGUCGCAGGACACAGUGACCAUUGAGUCCCCGCAGCAGGAGACGGCGGAAUGCCAGUCCCCCAAGAUGAGCACUUUCCAGGACAGCGAGCUGAGCAGCGAGCUGCAGGUGGCCAUGACGGGUACCGGAGAGGAAGGGGCAGAAAAGCAGGCCAACCACAUGGGGCACUUCCGCGAAGGGGCAGCCUUCCGGCAUUCGGCCCGCCUGGUCCACGAGAACAGCUUGAGCGGGAGAGCAAAACACAUGAGCAGCUCCCAAGAGCUGCUCGGAGAUGGACCCAAAUCGACUGGCGCCGCCAUCUCCAGGAGCCAGGAGUAUCUGGCAGAGGACGGGAAAGAAGGGCCCGCCACUCUCCCCAAGGAAGUGCGGAGUCUCCGACACGGCCACAGCGUCAAGCGAGCAAGUGUGCCCCCGGUGCCUGGCAAGCCACGGCAGUCUUUCCCCCCAUCCGGAGGACACUACACUCCCCCGCAAACGCCCAUAAAGCCCCGCCCGUCCUCACCACAGGCGCUCAGCAUGUCCCACGCCACCGCCAAGGUGAAACCGACACCACAGUUGUUGCCACAGUCCGAUCGGCCCAUGUCUCCUCGCUCGCUGCCUCAGUCCCCCACGCACCGCGGCUUCGCCUAUGUCAUGCCGCAGCCGGUGGAGGCCGACGCCCAUGCGGCAGGGCCCUUAGCCCAAGCCGUGCCGGUGUUGCCCGUCUCCGUGCCAGUGCUGUGCCUCCCUCCCCAGGUGGGGGACGGCGAGGAGGAAAGCGGCCGGCCGAAGAAGAGGGCUCACAGUUUGAACCGUUACGCCGUGUCGGAUAGCGAGCAGGAACGAGACGAGUUGCUGGUGCCGGACGCCGGUCCCUACGCCACAGUGCAGAGACGAGUCGGGCGUAGCCACUCGGUGCGGGCACAAUCGGGCAACGACAAGAACGUCAACCGCAGCCAAUCCUUUGCAGUGCGGCCAAAGAAGAAGGGGCCCCCACCUCCGCCCCCCAAGCGCUCCAGUUCUGCCAUCUCUAGCACCAAUAUGGGCGACGACUUCACCAAGGAGGGGGAAGAAGGACUGGAGUUGUCUCCAGAACAGCAGCAGCGGCGCGCCAGUGAUUUCGGGGGGACUGUGGAUACAGGCAGUGCCGGCAGCGUCAAGAGCAUCGCUGCCAUGUUGGAAAUGUCGUCCAUUGGCGGAGGGGCCCGCGGACUCGCCAUGCAAAAGCCACCCGGUCUUGGGAAGAGUUCAGACGGGUACUACUUGCAACCUGGGGUUGCCGUACACCCGGCAAGCCCUGAACACUCUCGUGUUGCUACCGUGCUGGCCACUGUGAAGCACAAGGAUGCGAUUGGGCUAGACGGCGAGGUGGUGAAUCGCCGGCGAACAAUCAGCGGCCCUGUCACCGGGUUAGUUUCCGCUGCCCGCCGUGAGCGCUCAGACAGUAUCAAGUCUGAGGCGACUAAAGAUGGCGGCCCCACAGACCGACUGCGGGCGGAGCACGCCGGAGCCUCCCCGCAGAGCAGUUCUGGCGAGAACAUCCCCUUUGCCGAAGAGGGCAACUUGACCAUCAAACAGCGCCACCGGCAGAUGGGCGUGGCCAAGGCCGAAGUGGGGGAGGCCUCGUCGCUUUCCCACCGCGACCUCGGCAAAGUGGAGGCCAGCGCCACCCUCAAGAGGAGGAUCCGGGCCAAGCAAAGUCAACAGGACGGCAUCAAGUUCCUCCUCACGGAGUCUGACACAGUCAAGAGGCGGCCAAAGUCGAAAGAUAAGGAGCAGGAACCAGCGCCGUUGUCGGUGUACCAGAACGGCACCGCCACGGUCAAGCGCCGACCGGCCUCGGACACAAGCGGCACGGAUGCCUCGCGCUCGGCGGAUCAGCAGGAGAGACCGGACCGUGCAUCGACGCAGCUCCCUGCAGAAGGCGAACCCAAGAAACCCGUGAAGCCGCCGGUAUCUCCCAAGCCUGUCCUACCCCAGAAAGUCUCUGGGCCUCCCACACCCACCUCCAAAAAGGCCCCCAUUCCGGGGCCCGGCAGUCCAGAAGUGAAGCGAAUCCACGGCACUCCCCCUCCAAUCUCCCCCAAGCCUACGCCUCCCCCGACCGCCCCCAAGCCGAAGGUCCACGCUACCCUCCAGUCGGCAAGUGCCAGCUCCACGCCUGCGCCAUCCCCUGCCAAGCAGCUGGCUCCUACCAUCAAGCCAUCAAGUACUCCCCCGUCGCUCUGCUCCAGCCCGGCUAAGCCCCUCUCGCCAGGCGGGCCACCCCCGCAGAUGGUACCCGUCAAGCCACCACGCUCUUCCAUCGCAGGGCCUUCGACAGAGAGCAUCAGCGCAGAGAGCGCGCAUCAGAAACUGGAGGAGACGAGCGCCUCGCUCGCGGCUGCCCUCCAAGCCGUGGAGGAGAAGAUCAAGCAGGAAGACGGGCAGGCAUCCGACUCUGCUGCAGAAUCCAAGAGCACCGUCAGCAUUCUGGAUGACAUCGGCAGUAUGUUUGACGACCUCGCCGACCAGCUGGACGCCAUGUUGGAAUGAGUGCUGGAGAACAACCCAGCCAACCCUCAGGAUCUGCCAAGGGCACAAGGGCACAAUCAUCUCCACGAGUAUCGUCCCUUUCCCCUUCCCCCUUUCCCCUCCCCGCCGUCUUUUGAGGUUUGCACAAAGAAGAUAAGAUUACCUCAGGAUUGUGCUGAAAACAAACGGAGAUGCUUGGGAAAGGCUUUCCUUGGGACCAGUUUUGCUGAAGCGAAACACGAUAACGAGAAAGGGAAUCUCUCCUGCGUGUGUCCUUGUUUUUCUACCUAACCGACCUGCUGACCUUGGGGGAAAGAAGGACAGCUGGAAUUCUCCUCCAAAUAAAGCAGAAAGCAACCGUGCCUCUUUCCGGCCAGGAGCUUCCUUGUCCGUGGGCUGAACGUCAUCUUGCAACAGUCUCUAGGCCAGAUGGCGGCCAAGUAACUUGCUCCCCUCGGACUGCCGUGCGUGUCUCUUUCUCGUUUAACCGGGAAGGUGUCCCUGUUCUCUCUCCGAGAUCAAAGCCCCCCCCCCCUUUCUGUGACAGUCUCAACAAGUGAUCAGAAUGUGGCACAACUAAGUCUUCAGUCUUUUACUGCUGACUGUUCUCGUUAUCCCUUUGGGUUGACGUUUUGUCCCGGUGACCCUCUUGCCUUUUGUGUCGGUAUCGUUCCAAGACUGAGCGCUGCCCUUCUUGCGUGCUCCUGCUGUCUCGGUUCCUGUGCCUGUCUGCCGUUGUUGGGGUGCGGGGAAGGAAGUGCUGGAAGAGGAGGGGCAGGAGAUGCCCAAGGGAAGCCGCCAGCCCAGGGCGAGGGGGUGGGGCUUUUGGUGGGCUGCAUGCUUCGUUUCUUUGUCCCAAAGGUGUUAGUCUUCUCCUGGUGACGAUGAAGCUUGUAACUGUGGGAAGUUUUGUUCUGUUAACGAGUCCCAUUUGACAAAUAAGCUCCUUUUUUUUGGGUUUUGUUUUUGUUUGUUUGCCUCGUUGCUGGCGGGUGCCGUACAAAAAGCUUUGGUAUGUUUGCAUGAUUGAUACGGUGUUGAAACUUGAAAAGCGAACAAAAAAAAAAAGGAAAAAAAAAAGAGACAUUCUGACUGAAUCCCCCUUGUAAAUACACCCCGGUAGCUGUUGCAGCUGCCAUAGAAGAAUAUUUAUUCCUGGGUUUUUUUGGUGGGGAGGGUGGGGAAAAAGGUUAAAAUAUAUCUCCGGGCAAAUAGCAGUUGUGGUUCUGAGCAUGAGGGACUUCUGAUUGCACUUUUUCUCUUUGUUUCCAAAGAGCUCGUCACCUGAUUGGACAAUGAAACCUUCCCUUACCUACCUUCUUUCUGGGAGGGUGUGCACAGGUGCAGGGAGAAGAGCUGAGUAGACAGUGGGCAGGCAUGGGCAACUUACCUUAAUCACUUUUUGUGGAAUAUCUGGUCACCACACAGCAGUGCUGGCAAGGGUCCAGAGGUGUUUGGCAGUAGAGACCCUUCCUAUUGGGGUUUGGCGACUGGAGACCUCUCCAUGUACUAAAUGCAAUCAGCAAUCUCAAAAGUUUCUGUCAAGAAGGGUACAUUGGAACAUCGAUGAGAUAAUUCGGACUCUUUGGUCCUCCUUGCCCGUACCAAGCAUAGGCAGUCGGCCCGCUAUGUUGACAUGGGGUGUUGUGAGUUAGGAAAGACACUCUGUGGGAAGACGAGCCUCGCUAAGGGCUGCAGUGCUGUGCAUUGUGUGUCCAAGGAAUGAUAGCUUCUGAAUGUGUGCCGUUGUGAAUAGCACAAUCUUGAUGGUUACCUGCAGUAUCCACAACUAAAUGUUGAUGGUUGGAGAGGGGACACAGUAGCGGGGCUGAGCUGGCCGACUGGUACCAGGCUUUUUCUCGUAAGGUGAUGUUUAUAAGGUUGAGGUUCUCUGUUGCUGUGGAGUUAAAGGAGAGAGGUUACUAAGGGAAGAUUAGGCUGCAGGGACCAUGGAACUUGGCCCAAGAAACAAUAACUCUGUAGAAGUCUUGAGCAUGUCAUGAUGGUCCACCGUUAUGGCCUUGGACUCAAUAAAUCCCCCUAUUUCCCAGUUGCAGUGGGAAGUAGGAAAUCGAGUCAAUGGCCAAAGGUUGAUGGGAGGCAUAGUCACUCCAUAUGGAUCCACAAGGAUUCUCUCUCAACAUAUGAGGCCCCAUGGCCACUUCUCAAUGGGCAUAUCUUAUCUUAGACAAGCACAAUCUGGGAAUUCCAAUAAUGGAUUACCCAUCCUUACAAUGACAUGAGAACUCCGGUUCUUAGAGCACCGAUCAGCCGCUUUCUUUCCUAGUGGCAUUUCUUGGCAAUGAGGGGCCCCUCCUUUUCCUUAUCACCGUUAAAAUUAUCCCCACCUUGGUGAGAUUUGUCAUCUCUUUUUGCCACAAGAGAGCUAACGGCUUUCUUGGAAGCGGCAUUCAGUUCAAGUUAUUCCCAGCACUGAACUUGAUUCACUUUGUUAUGGGUUGAUUCCUGAAGACCUCUCAUCCAGAAUAUUUGAGGUCGCUUCUAUUCUGCCCCCCUCAGCCCCGUGGCUAUCUUGGUGGUGGAUAUCAUUAGACCUUUUGCAAGUCCCUUGAGGUUUCUCGCUUGUGGACCCUUAAAAGUUCUCCAUCAGAGAUUGAACAGGUUUGCAGAAGUUUGUCCUUUUCACAAUUAGGGUUUGCUUCCAGAAACGCUACAAUAGCAUAAGGCUUAGCACCAUUCCUCUAGUAGAUCUCAAAUGCUUUGUUACGGUGCUUUUAUACCUCAGUGAGCCCAGAAGUCACGUCACGCAGUCAAAUUCUAACAGGUCCCAUUAGCUUCACCGUUGCUUAGAUUUUUUUCCUGAUCAUCUUCUGGUUUCUUAGAUACCCUUUGUUGUCCAGAGAGACAAGUGGUCUGGAGAGACGAGUAGGUGCUGAAUUCUGAUCUCCCAGGCAUGCAUAACGGGGGGUGGCAUCUUCCCCUCAAGUAUGGGUCCACCAGUUACUAAAACUUUUCAGCCCCUUGUUGGCUUUACCCCUUCAGAUGUUAGUAAUAACAGAAUCUGCAGCUCUCACCUCUUUUCUCUUCCUUGCAUCAACAACAGUAUAAGCGCCCUAAAUCAUUUGGACACAAUUGAGAAAGAAGAGUCCACAUGGAAUGUCUGCCAUUCCCUUCCAGAUUUCAGGCCCCCUACGCCUCGAGCUUUCACCCCAAUGAGUAUUUUGUACCGUUACUGACGGCCAGCGGCCUUGACAAACCAGUGUUUACUUGGGCAUUCGCUGCCUUUAGGCCGAGGGGCCUGAUUCUCUCCUGAGCUUCCAUGAGUACAUUUCCCUUGUAGAGCUGUUGUCUUGCUUUGCAGACGCAGGGUCCUGUUUUCUAACCCUCCCCAGCCUGCAAUUUGGGGCCUCCUUUAACCCUCUGGGGUCCUUUGCCCUCUUCCUUUCUUGGGGUCCUACGAGAAACAAACUAGAAUCCAGAAAGUUAGAAAUGCUGACAGCAGAUCCUGCCUUAGAUUGGGAAGCAACCGGUUUUGCGUGCUUGAAAGCACUAAAUGAAGACCAGCCGCUCAGGAAAUCCCUCCUUCCCCUCUUUCUCCACUACCCCUGGGCUGCUUUUUCCAGAGACCCUCCAAUUCCUCCCGACUCAGCUACAGACCCUGAGUCACAGACCCCUAGGGUUAAUAGGUGACAUUUAUUAAUCGUGCUGUGGGCAAAAGCCCCCUUAUUUCAGCUGUGCAAAAUGUGGAGAACAAAAUCCACAUUUUUUUUUUCUUUUAGAAGGGUGUAAAGGGUUAAGGAAAAAAUAAGCUAUAGAGUAUUAAAUUAUUGGAGAAGAAAGAUUAUACUGAGUGAUUUCCCCCCCCCCCUCCCUGAGAAAAUUAGCAAAAUGAAAGGACUUUAAUAUAUAUUUAAAAAGAGUUAAUAUUAUCAAUUGUAUAUUAAAACAGUUUUAAAGAGAAAUUGAAUUGAAAGAACUGGAGUGGAGCUUGACCAUUAGACUUGUCCGAACCUCUGACUUGUGGUGAGACCAUCUUUACAAGUAGCACAAGGUUUUUAAAGGUACCGUUACUUUUGUUUUCGGGGAGUGCAAAAAUGUUUCUGUUAACACGGGCUUGUGUUUUUUCUUCUUCUUUGCCAUGUUCUUUUCUACACCAUUUUAGCAAACAGCAAAAGACGUGCCUUCCUUUAUGAAUUAUUUGGUACAAUCUCGUCUCCUACCAGUGUGUUCUUUUUUCUGCGUUCUGCUUUUUAAAAAAAAAAACUGAUAAAAUAAAAUCAGGGUGUGGAUGUGUGUGUGUGGAUGUAAUUUUGACACACAAGCAUCUCUGUACACACAGGAAUUUCUCUGGGCUAGAAAAUGGCUUUUAAGUUGGGAAUGCCGUUCUGGUUGAUUCUUUUGCGCUAUCUUUUUCUUUUCUUUUCAUUUUUUGUUUGUGUGAGAACUGGGUGGCCACAGGUGAGGCUGAGUGAGGGCGUGUGGGGUUCACCCCUCUCUUCUCCAAGUACAGAUAAGUCUGUCUUUGCUGAUCUCCAAAAUUUGUCUGGCACAACUUUAUUAAAUAAAAAAAUACUUUAAAAGAACAAAAUGAAAUGACCACAUGAAUAUAUCUGUUGUAAAGAGAGAGAGAGAUUAAACAAAAAAAAAAGCUGUAUCUUAAAAAAAAAGUAUUCCAAGAUUCUUAUGCUGGAUAUAUAUGUGUAAUAUAUAUAUGAAACAUAUAUUUUUAUUAAGUUAUGGAACCUGUAUUGUAUGUCCAUUCUGUCUAAGCUAUGCAUCCUGAUGCCGACCUCCUUUUCUUGCCUCUGACGUCCCACCUACCUGUAUUGUGGUUAUUAUGAAAAAUAAUAUUUGAUGGCUAUUCGUGGUGCUGUAAAGAACUUUGCUUCUAUUUAAAAGAAAA